AUGCACCUCCCGUCUCUUAUGAAACUCCCUCUCGAGCUUCACUACGAAAUCUUAUCCCACCUGGAUCUUGACGACCACCCUUCUGCAAUUUGUGUCUGUCCACUCUGGAAGAACAUCGUCUCCGGUAACACCUCGCAAGAACUACGACUUAACUCCUACAGUCGAUCCGCAUGCAUUGGAAAAUGGUUCAUUGUCAAUAGUAUCCUACGAAGUGGAAAAUUAAAGAUCAAGCUGCACCUAACCCCUCAAGGCGUCAAAACCAAUAUUCGCUUCUUCUGGCAAUUCAACACUCAAAAACAAAACAACAAAAACGAAUGUUUCGAAAUCACCGACUGCCCCAUCCUCGAUGAACCAGCGGUAUCUUGGCCCCUAAACGACCUUGGAGAAAAAUCUGGAGAUGCGGUUAUAUACGGUGCUGUUCAGGAGUUAAAAAUCGGUCGUCGCCAUGUACGGAAAUUAAUGUUGUUUCAAGAUCGGUCUUUUGAGAAGAACAAUAUUGUUAAGGUUAGGGAUUUGGUUCUGGGUGGUGUUUGUGAGGCCGUUCUACCACUUCUUUCGGAUUUGAAGGCGGUGCUGGGAAAGAGGUCUAGUAAGGUUGAGGCUUUGGUCCAGAUUAUUGAUGCGAGGAUCAAAGAGCCGGCGAAUUGUUUGAUUAUUCAUUCGAAGAAUGGGGCGAUGUAG